UUUUUUUUUAAUAUUCUUUUCAUUCUCGAAUAUACUUUAUUUGCUGGUCAAAAUUGAAAUAAUUUAUCAUAAAUCAUUUUGAAUUCAGUACAUACUAAAAGAUUAUAAACCAAAUGAAUUCAUUAAAAUUUACCACAUAUUCACAUUCGUUAUAUUAUUCAAAUCGUUCAAGUAAUAUACUUAAAAAUCAAAAUACUUCGAUAAUACGUUCAUUUUUUACCUUAAUAAAUACUCAUAGAAUAUUUUUGAAUAAUAAUAAAUCCAUUUUUCUUUCUUCUCAUUCAAACACUAUUAAUCAUAAAAGAUAUUUUACUAAUUUUUUUUUAUCAAAAUUUUGGACAAAAAAAACACUUAAACCUGUUCCCUCAAACCUACAGAAAUUUUUUGAUACAUCGACAUCAUCAAAUCUAUCCAUAACUGCUUUACCAGCAAAUCCAACUCCAACUCCAGAACCAACAAUAAAACCUAUACCUAUUUAUACACGACUAACUUCUGUAUUUCCUAUUCCUAGUAAACAUAAUAAGUUUAUACUAUCUCCUGGUGGAUCUGGUUUACCAAAAAACUCUGAAAAGUUAAUUUCCACGAAUAAUGAUGAAAAAUAUCAUAGUGUGGGUUGUGGAGAAGAUAGUUUUUUUUUAAGAUAUGAUUCUUUAGGUGUAGCUGAUGGAGUUGGUGGUUGGCGUAAUGUUUCUUCCUUACGUAAUACUGUUGCGAAUUCAGCUUUAUAUGCUCGUAAAUUGAUGCACUAUUCGUAUGCAGAACUUGAAAAGUAUGACAAUGUUGAAGAUGAGAAGAAAUAUAAUGAUGUUAAUCCUGUUGAUAUAUUACAAGCAAGCUAUAAAAAAACUAUUAGCGAAUUAGAAUUAGAGAGAGUUAUUGGAUCAUCAACCGCAUUAAUUGCAAUAUUACGAGAUGAUGAAUUAAGAAUAGCGAAUGUAGGAGAUUGUGGUAUAGGUGUAAUACGUUAUAAUGAAUUUAUAUUUCGUAAUGAGGAACAACAACAUUCCUUCAAUUAUCCCUACCAAUUAGGUACAGGCUCAAUUAUUACACCUAAAGAUUCACAACAAUUCACAGUUAAAAUUCAACUAGGAGAUAUUAUAAUUCUGGGUAGUGAUGGUAUAUUUGAUAACUUAUUUGAGAAUGAUAUAAUUGAUGAAAUUAAGGAUAAGGAACUUGAUCCUCAAAUGAUAAGUGAUGCUUUGGCUUGGAAAGCAAAACAAGCGAGUGUGGAAGAUAUUUCUUCUCCGUUUCAAUAUCGUGCUCAUCAAGAAGGUUUACCUUAUCAAGGUGGUAAAAGAGAUGAUAUUAGUGUUCUGGUUGCUAUAGUAACCGAUAAUAAUUUGGAUAGGUUAAAUUGCUAAUUUAUAUUAUAUAUGUGCAACACCCAUAUAAGUUUAAAAAAUUAUGCUAAGCAAAGAAUACCAUCAAAAAUUUAUUAUCAUUAUUAAAUACUUGAAAUAUGUGAAGAUUAACGGACUAUAUAAGCAUUUCUUUUUCAUAAAAUCAAAUUUUAUUAUCAUAGAAUUGAAAUUUAUGUAAU